AUGGCUCAGGGAAAGGUUUGCCUGGCUUACUCUGGUGGCCUCGACACCAGCUGUAUCCUCAAGUACCUUAUCGAGGAGGGCUAUGAGGUCGUCUGUUUCAUGGCCGACGUUGGCCAAGAAGAGGACUUUGAGGCUGCCCGCGAGAAGGCCCUGAAGAUCGGUGCUCUCAAGUGUGAGAUCGUCGAUGUCCGCCGUGAGUUCAUCGAGGAGCUUUGCUUUCCCGCCAUUGCCUGCAAUGCUGUCUACGAGAACGUCUACUUGCUCGGUACUUCAUUGGCCCGCCCCGUAAUUGCGCGUGCUCAGAUCGACGUCGCCAAGCGCGAGGGCUGCUUCGCCGUUUCUCACGGUUGCACUGGAAAGGGUAAUGACCAAGUUCGCUUCGAACUUGCUUUCUAUGCCCUGGAGCCCAAGAUUAAGGUCAUUGCCCCAUGGCGUGACCCUGUCUUCUACGAGCGUUUCGCUGGCCGUAACGAUCUCCUUGCCUACGCCGCCGAGAAGGGCAUCCCCGUCACCUCCACCAAGUCCAAGCCCUGGAGUAUGGACGAGAAUCUGGCACACUGCUCUUACGAGGCCGGUAUCCUGGAGGACCCUGAUAUCACCCCCCCUAGCGACAUGUGGAAGCUGACUCAGGACCCUCUGUCUGCUCCUGACCAGCCCGAGGACUUCACUCUCCACUUCGAGAAGGGUAUUCCAGUCAAGCUUGAGUUCACUGAAAAUGGUCAGAAGAAGACCGUUACUGACUCGGUUGAUCUCUUCCUCACUGCCAACGCAAUUGCUCGCCGCAAUGGUGUUGGCCGUAUUGACAUUGUCGAGAACCGUUUCAUUGGUAUUAAGUCCCGUGGCUGCUAUGAGACCCCCAGUCUCACCUGCCUGCGUGCUGCCCACAUUGAUCUUGAGGGUCUCGUACUUGACCGUGAAGUCCGCGCUCUGCGUGACCAAUUUGUCACCUUCAACUACUCCAAGCUCCUUUACAACGGAAUGUACUUCUCUCCCGAGCGUGAGUUCUUGGAGGCCUCCAUUGUCGCCUCCCAGAAGAGCGUCAACGGCCUGGUCCGCUGCCGCGCCUACAAGGGAAGCGUCUCUAUCCUGGGACGUUCCUCUGAGACCGAGAAGUUGUAUGACAUGAGCGAGUCCAGCAUGGACGAGAUUGGUGAUUUCUCCCCGCCGAGACCACCGGUUUCAUUACUGUGUCCGCCAUUCGCCUCAAGAAGUACGGUCAAAGCAAGGCUGCUGCUGGUGAGCGACUGUAGAUUAUCCCAUCGGAGCGCCUAA